GCUGGCGUUGGCAGCCCCCGGGGCGGGGGGCGGGGUGGGCGCCGGAGGCGCGAUGCUGGGCGUCGUGGAGCUGCUGCUGUUGGGGGCUGCGUGGCUGGCAGGCCCAGCCCGCGGGCAGAAUGAGACAGAGCCCAUCGUGCUGGAGGGCAAGUGCCUGGUGGUGUGUGACUCCAACCCCACGUCUGACCCUACGGGCACUGCUCUGGGCAUCUCUGUGCGGUCAGGCAGCGCCAAGGUGGCUUUCUCUGCCAUCAGGAGCACCAACCACGAGCCGUCCGAGAUGAGUAAUCGCACCAUGAUCAUCUACUUUGACCAGGUACUAGUGAACAUCGGGAACAACUUUGACUCCGAACGCAGCACUUUCAUCGCCCCGCGCAAAGGCAUCUACAGUUUUAACUUCCACGUGGUGAAAGUCUACAACAGACAGACCAUCCAGGUGAGCCUCAUGCUGAACGGGUGGCCGGUGAUUUCCGCCUUCGCCGGGGACCAGGACGUGACCCGCGAGGCCGCCAGCAACGGCGUGCUCAUCCAGAUGGAGAAGGGCGACCGAGCAUACCUCAAGCUGGAGCGGGGGAACUUGAUGGGGGGCUGGAAGUACUCGACCUUCUCCGGGUUCCUCGUGUUUCCCCUCUGACUGGCUCGCGUCGGGAGCGGAGGCAGGAGGAAGGCAGGAGGGGAGCGCGGAGGCCGGACAGCGCGGGGCCGA